CUUUCAAUCACGUCGGGGUCACCACUUGUAGCGGGAGCUAGGUGAUUAUGCUCGACCGCCACAAAGGGAAGAUCUUCCCGCCAGGCUAGGUGUUGCGCCUGGGGAACCGCACGGCUCCGACGGUGUCAUGUCGGAGGUUGUAUUUAUGCUUCCAAUCGAAAACGCACUUGUUAGCUGUCCAUAGUGAGUCGACCGUUGUGCCAUCUGUCCGUAGUGUCCUGGAUCACUUGUGUGGCUUGUUAUUAGUUGCGUUUGGUCGGCUUUUUACAUCUGCGCCGUUGUGCAUGUGGCGUGGUAGAUGUCGCCACAAUCUCUUUAUUAUGAUAUCAAGGUAACCAUGGCAACUGUCCACAACAAACUGUCGUGCUGUUACCCAACCACGAUAUGAGGCUCAUAUCUGUGUCCCCAACAACUCCAAAAAUAAUAAACAAUGAAAGAUGGACAACGACGUCACUAAUUACUCCGUCGUAGGUAGAAUAGGAGAAGGUGCUCAUGGAUUGGUAUUCAAAGCUAGACAUAUUCCAAGUGGUCGCGAAGUGGCGCUCAAGAAAAUACUCAUUAAAAACUUAGAGGACGGCAUACCAGUCAAUGUUAUGAGGGAAAUCAAAGCGUUACAACUGCUGAGAUGUAAAUAUAUAAUAAAACUUUACGACAUGUUCCCACGAGGCAUGAGCUUGGUUCUGGUGCUUGAGUACAUGUGUUCAGGGCUGUGGGAGAUGCUACAUCACAACCAACAUGAGCUGACGAUAUCCAGGGUUAAAAAGUACGCCCAAAUGCUGCUGAAGGGAACGCGGUACAUGCACGCACAUUAUGUGAUGCACAGGGACCUGAAACCCGCCAAUUUAUUGAUCAAUCACGAAGGCAUUUUGAAGAUAGCAGAUUUAGGACUGGCAAGAUUGUAUUGGCCUGAUGGCGGAAGGCCUUAUUCUCACCAAGUGGCUACACGAUGGUACCGCGCUCCCGAACUUUUGUAUGGCGCAAGAUAUUACUCUGAAAAUGUAGAUUUGUGGGCAGUGGGCUGUAUUAUCGCAGAGAUGAUAACAAAACAGCCUUUAUUUUCGGGUGAAUCCGACAUAGAACAGCUAGCUAUAGUGUUGCAGCACCUCGGUACGCCCACAGAGGAGACGUGGCCGGGUCACACUGAGCUGCCAGAUUUCCACAAAAUCACCUUUCCAGAAUCGACCCCUACGCUCUGGUCCGAUCUGCUACCUGGCGUAGAUCCGGACGCAGUUCAUCUUGUGAAGUCCUUUGUUUUAUACGACGCAAAUAAGAGGAUUUCAGCCAAGAAUGCCUUGAGGCACCCCUGGUUUCAAAUGAGACCCUUCCCAGCCAGCUUAGAGGAAAUGCCAAAACCAAACUUUGGGAAACAUAAAUAAAAUCAAAUUAUCUUAAAA